AUGGUCAAUUUAACUGAUAAUUCGAUAUUGAUAUGUUAUUGUUUACUAAUCUAUUAUUAUUUUGCAAUAGCAUCAUCGUUCAUACUCACAGAUAAACCAAAUACAAUCGUUAUUGAAGUUAAUGGCGAUUGUCUAACGGUUGGAGCAUAUGUUGCUCAUCUUCAUGGAUAUCGUGUUGUUAGAGAAAUAUUUCCAAGUUUUUGUGAAGUGGAAGAAAAUCCAUUAUCCGAACAUCACCAAAGACAUAGACGUGCAGUUUUAAACGGUGAAGACCCAGUUGAUAUUCUUCAAAGACAUAAAGAUAUUUCUUGGGCUGAACAUCAAGUACGGAAAAUUCGACAAAAACGUGAAUAUGUGUGGAAUGAUCCCCAGUGGCCACGCAUGUGGUAUCUUCAACGUAAUGAGCAUACUGUAUCACUUCCAGAUCUAAAUGUAACUGGUGCCUGGCUACUGGGUUAUACAGGCCAUGGUAGUGUUGUAACAUUUUUAGAUGACGGAUUAGAAUAUGAUCAUCCCGAUUUGAAAGCAAAUUAUGAUGAAGAGGCUAGUUAUGAUAUCAAUGAUAAUGAUGCAGAUCCAAGUCCUCGAUACGAUCCAUCGAAUGAAAACAAACAUGGAACUCGUUGUGCCGGUGAAGUAGCGGCGAUGGUCAACAAUAGUAUUUGUGGCGUGGGCGCCGCUUAUCAUGCGAAAGUGGGAGGUAUACGUAUGUUAGAUGGUGAUGUAACGGACAGCGUUGAAGCACGUUCAUUAAGUCAUAGACCCGAUCAUGUUGACAUAUAUUCAGCUAGUUGGGGUCCAGAUGAUAAUGGUGUUGUUGUUGAUGGUCCUGGUCGUUUGGCAAAAAAAGCAUUUGAAGAUGGAGCACAAAAAGGACGCGGUGGAAAAGGUUCCAUAUUUGUUUGGGCCAGUGGCAAUGGUGGAAGACAGUUUGAUUCAUGCGCUUGUGAUGGAUACAUUAAUUCAAUAUAUACGAUUUCAAUAAGUGCAACAACUGAACGAGGCGAAAAACCAUGGUAUUUAGAAGAAUGCUCAGCUACACUGGCUUCUGCGUAUUCGAGUGGAAACGUGGGUGGUGUUGAACACGACAUUCUUACAACUGAUUUAAGACACGAAUGUACAGAAAAACAUACGGGUACAUCUGCUGCGGCUCCGUUAGCUGCUGCUAUCAUAGCACUUGCACUCGAAGCAAAUCCUAACUUGACUUGGCGUGAUGUUAUGCACCUUGUCGUUUUAUCAUCCAGACCAUUGGCUAUACCAUCGAAUAAAGAUUAUGUAACAAAUGCUGUUGGUUUUAAUGUCAGUAGCAAAUUUGGUUUUGGUUUAAUGGAUGCUGGCUUAAUGACAUGGUAUGCUGAAAAAUGGAUUAAUGUACCACCAAUGGUAUCUUGCUCAUCGGUACCAGUAGAACCCAGUUUAUAUGUGGCUCCUAAUCAACAAAAUUUUUUCGAAGUUAAUGUAUUAAAUUGUAAAAAUAGUGAUGCAACACAAGAAGUAAAUUUCAUCGAACAAGUUCAAAUAUUUGUCAGUUUAUCGGCAGACAGGCGUGGUGAUAUCGAGUUAUAUUUAUAUUCACCAUCAGGAACGAAAUCUCAAUUGUUACCGCGCAGACAAAAAGAUUCAAGCAACAAAGGUUUUCAAGACUGGCCAUUUCUCACCGUACAAGUGUGGGGCGAAUCACCACACGGAUUGUGGAAACUAGAAGUGGUGAACACAGGCUCAGGUUCAGCUCGUUUAAUAUCAUGGCGUUUAGUUAUUCAUGGCACGAAAGAAUAUCCGUGGCUAUCCCGUUCUACCACAUUAUCUCCACUAUCAUCUGAUGGUCUUCCUCACAGUUGCCACCCUGAGUGUAAGUCUGAUUUGCAACCUUGCGGUCCAUCGGAAUUGGAUUGUGUUGAUUGUCGUCAUUACAAGCAAAUAUUACCAGAUCAAAAAUUUCGGUGUCUAGCAGUAUGUCCUGAUGAUACCUAUCCAUCAUCCAAUACAACAUGUUUGCCCUGUCAUACAAAUUGUGCGACAUGCCGUAGUUCAUCGGAAACAAGCUGUAUCAGUUGCAAAGUGGACAAAUAUCUAGUUCAUGAUACAAUGACAUGUAUUCAAACAUGUCCAGAAGCAUAUUAUAUUGAUAAAAAAUUAAGAAAAUGUGUUCGCUGCAAAUCAGAUUGUUUAUCGUGUGAUAAUGAACCAUCACAAUGUACCUCAUGUAGCGAUGGUUAUACACUAAAAGAUGGAGGAUGUUUAAAAGCUGCAAAAGCAUGUGAAUCAACUAAUUACUAUGAUUUUGAUGCUAAUAAAUGUCGCUGGUGUGAUAGCCGUUGUUUAACAUGCAAUGGUCCUGGAAGUGAUCAAUGUACCAGUUGCAAUCAAGAGGCAAAUUCAAAAUAUCGAUAUAUUCAACAACACUCAUGUGUUAAAACAUGUUCACCAGGCUACGUAUUAAUAAACAAUAAAUGUGAAAAAAACGCUGGUAAACCGUUUUAUAUUGAUCAAAAAACACAUCAAUCUCAUUCGUGUCAUUCGUCUUGUCUACUUUGUAAUGGUUCAAAACCAAAUCAUUGCAUUGCUUGUGCCAAUAAUAAAAUAUUAGCACAUGAUGGCUAUUGUAUUGAUAACUGUCCAGAAGGUUACUAUGUCGAAAAAGCUGAAACGUUGUCUUAUACCACAAACACAUGCAGAUCGUGUCAACACGGAUGUACAAGUUGCACAGAUAAAUCGACGUGUAAACAAUGCGACUGGAACUAUGAGAUAAAAAACGAUCAAUGUUAUCCAAGAUGUGGAACCGAGUACGUAUCCAGUUCGACUGAACUCGAUUGUAAAACAUGUACCGAAGGAUUUACAAUGAUCAAUAAUAAAUGUAUUAGUGAUUGUCUCAAUGACGCCUAUUACUGUAAAGUUGAUAAGGUUUGUAAACUAUGUUCCGAAAAUUGUUUGCAAUGUUUAUAUCCUGGUACAUAUUGCCGCGAUUGUGUUUAUCCAAUGGCAUUAAAUAUGUUUACACAUCGUUGUUUAUCGUGUUGUUUAACAAAUAUAACAGAUGAAAACUGUUGUCAAUGUCCACAGUCUUAUGAUGGUUUGUGUUUGCAUCCAUUGGUUAAACCAGAGAUAUCAAGUGACAUACUUUCAGUAUUAACAAAAAUUCAAAAUAAAUUUAAAACUCUUGAUCAUACAUUUCAGACAAUAAUUUUUAUUUGUCUAUUAAUUUUCAUAUUUGUGUUCAGUAUUUGUUCUAUCUGUCUUUUAUAUCGUCUAUUUUCAAAACGUUUACCUUCAAAACAUAUCGCGAAUCAUUCAUCAAAUAUUCAAUAUAAAAUGUUGAAUAAUAACGAUGAUAUUGACGAAGAUGAUAAUGAAGAACAAGAAUGUUUUUCAGCUGAUAAAUAUGAAAUAUUAAAUAAUGAUAAUAGACGAAAAUUAUUAAAACAUAAUGUUAUUGAAUUAAAAUCAACAUCAAAUGCUAAUAAUAAAGAGCAACAUUCUGAUGAUUUAUCAAUGAAAUCAACAUUGACAGAUAGUUCAAAUUUAACAAUUGAUAUGUUAAAAUCGACUAAGAACAAUGUACUUGUACCGACAGAAUCUAUUAUAUCGAUUAAUAGUAGAUGA